AUGGGGGACGACGGUGGCGGCCGCGGCUGCGGGACCCCUAGGGAGCUGCAGAGGCUGAAGCAGCAGGCAAUGGAGUACUACCAGGAGAACGGCGUUCCGCGCCGGCUGGAAGAGCUGCUCAACUCCACCUUCUACCUUCAGCCGGCCGACGUGUACGGGCACCUGGCCAACUGUUUCUCUAAACUUGCAAAGCCUCCCACCAUAUGCAAAAUAGUGGGAAAAAGUGUUCUAGAUGGACUGGGGCUGCCCACCCUACAAGUGGAAAUAUUCUGCACUGUUCAAAACUUCCCCAAGAGUAUCUGUUCGCUGGUGAUCCCAACCCACUUUGACGUCCUCGAUAACGCGUUGCCAGAGCUGGUCGAGGCAGAAGAGGUGGAAAGGAAGCAGGCAGUGAGCACAGCCAUGCAGUGGGUCAACCAGAGCAUCAGCGAGGAGCUGCAGGGCAUGGAGCCCUCCAGCCAGGCCGAAGUGGACCUCACGCUUAGGACAUUCUUUGCAAAUAAAGUACAAGAAGAAAAGGAAAGAAAAGAAUUGGAAAAGAACCUGGAAAAAUCAACACUGUCUAUACCGAUGCCCCUGCUACCACCUGCACCCCCUCCACCUCCUUCCAAAAAGAAGCCACAAAAGCCAGGGAGGAAGGAAACUCUUCCAGAGAAACCCAUUAUACCUGCAGAACCCGCUGAGCCUGUGCUCCACGGCAGUAUGGCCAUAGGGGCUGUGUCAUUAGCUGUUGCCAAAACCAGUGCCAUCCUGGGCAACAGGCCUCUGUACUUAAACAUCGCAUCACUAAAGUAUGGUCAGGAAGCGCCAGUACCGCUCACAUUGAGAGUGCCUCUGCUGAUGGUCUCUCUGAUGAGCUGUGGGAAGUCAUCGCCUGGAAAGCUCAAUCUAAUGAAAGAAGUGAUUUGCAUCCCCCACCCUGGAUUAACAACCAAACAAGGUGUGGAGAUGCUUCUGGAAAUUCAGAAACAAGUUAACAAGACAGUUGACACGCUGCCGCCUCCUAAAGCAGAGACCAAAAAAGGACAUAAUGGGAAUAAGAGAGGUCAGCAGCCGCUUCCCAGUAAGAUGUCCCAUCUCGGCUGUUUAACCAUCAGCUGUGACACCAUCGAGCAGCCACUGCUCCUGCUGCAGGGCGUCUGUACCAAUCUAGAGCUGGAGCUGGGAACGAAUCUGCACUUGGCCAUCAACUGCGCUGGACAUGAGUUGAUGGACUAUAGUCGAGGAAAGUAUGAAGUGGUGACGGGCACGUACAAAAACGGAGCCGAGAUGGUUGACCUGUACGUGGAGCUCCUCAACAAGUACCCCUCCAUCAUUGCCUUAAUCGAUCCUUUCAGGAAGGAGGACUCUGAGCACUGGGACAGCAUCCACAAUGCUCUUGGGUCCCGGUGUCACAUCAUCGCAGGAGCUGCAUCCAAAAGCAUUUCCAAACUUCUCGAGUGUGGAGAUGUCAACAGCCCCAAAUCCAAUGGGAGGAUCAUGAAACACACCAAUCAGACCACGGUGUCCGACCUGGUGGAGAUCACCACUCUUAUUGACAGCAAGAAGCACAUCACCAUCCUGGGCAGUCCGGAUGGAGAAGCCACUGAUGACAGCCUUGUCGACCUGGCUGUUGGACUCGGCGUCCGGUUUAUCAAGUUGGGGGGUCUUUCUCGAGGCGAGUGGGUGACUAAAUACAACCGCCUGCUUACUAUAGAGGAAGAGCUCAUCCAGAAUGGAGCGCUGAGCCCCCACGAAGAGCACACAUUUUUUUAUGUAAACGAGGAGGCUGAAAAGACACUUGAGGCAGCUGCCACUGGUGAGCUGCUUGAGCCCAUCGAGCCCAUCUUCCCCACGGAGGUUGCGGAGGACUCGGCCAGGAUGUGA